GUAUGUCUGUGUCUCUGUGUGUGUGUGUGUGUGUGUGUGUGUGUGUGUGUGUGUUUAAGUUUGUCCCUGUAACCAUGUUGACCGUGUGUCUCUGCUGCCUGUCACUUAUUGAGCCACACUCCGCAGCAGCAGGGGGCGCUAAUCGCUAGUAACCCUAGAGCACCAACAGUUAGCUACACACCAGAAGAAUAAGAGUGUCAACAUCCGUCUGACUGCUCUGUCGCUCCGGGACACUUUCUACUGAUUUCUACCGGACCCUGCUGGUCUCUUCUGGACCCUGGUGGUCUGAGAGGAUCGUAUAUGCCUGGAUUUGAGUUUCCUGUUUCGGAGGAGGAGGCGAUGGUGCCGGCGGCUCCAAGCGUCCUUGUUACCGGGGCGACGGGUCUGCUAGGUCGGGCCGUGCUCAGAGAGUUCCAGAGCAGCGGCUGGUUGGUCAGCGGGACGGGAUACCGGAGGGCCAGGCCCCGCCUCCUCCGCUGUGACCUCACAGACGAGGACGCCGUCAGGGCGCUGAUGCAGCAGCUCAAGCCUGACGUGGUGGUCCACUGUGCAGCAGAGAGACGUCCAGAUGUUAUGGAGAGACACACUGAAGCUGCUGUCAAUCUCAACGUGCACGCCACGAGCACGCUCGCCAAGGAGGCCGCUGUGUGCGGAGCCUUCCUGCUCUACAUCAGCACGGACUACGUGUUUGACGGGAGGAAUCCUCCGUACGGAGAAGACGACAGUCCCAACCCUCUCAACGUUUAUGGACGCAGCAAAGUGGAGGGAGAGAGAGAGACACUUAGACACUGUCCAGGUGCUGCGGUGCUGCGGGUGCCUGUUCUGUUCGGGGAGGUGGAGUCUGUGACGGAGAGUGCGGUGACGUCUCUGUGGCUGGAUGUCCAGAACGUCUCCGAGGUCUCCCUGGAUCACCGCCUGCAGAGGUUCCCCACAGACGCCAGAGACGUGGCCACCGUCUGCAGGAAGCUGGCCCAGAGACAGAGACAGGACCCGUCCAUCAAAGGAAUAUUUCAUUUUUCGGCUAAAGAGCAGAUGACCAAAUAUGAGAUGGCCGUCGCCAUGGCAACAGCCUUCAACCUGCCGUCCAACCACCUCAUUCCUCUGACGGAGCAGCUGGCGGCAGCGACUCCUCGACCAAUCAACAGCCAGUUGAACUGUUGUCGUCUGGAGCAGCUGAACCUGAGCGUGGAGCCGCGAGCUUUCACCGCCGCCAUCACAGACUGUUUGUGGCCCUUUACCCCGGACAAACGCUGGAGACAGACUGUCUUCCACUGACAUGGGGGGAGAGCGAGACAGACAGACAGACAUUCCAGUGACUGCAGGCAGACAGACAGACAUAUAUUUUAUGUUUAGAUAUCAAUAAGGUAAUUUUACUUAAAAACUACUGAUUUAUUUUUCAGAAUAAAAGUCUGUCAUUAGAAAAGAUAGUUAUUAAUUGUGACUGAGGGAGUAAAUAUGUACGGUGUAUAUUUAGUGUAACCUAAC